ACAUGUCCACAAGUGCGCCCAAAAGAACAUAAUCGGGUAAAUAAUAUGGAUAGUAUGAGAAAGCAUGCGCCCAAUAUAUGUGAACCACCUGCUAGAAAUAUUGCAAUACAAAGAAAAGAGUUAGAGGUGCAGACAAAGAAGAAAAUGAUCCGUAUGAGACAAUCAAGAGAGGAGAAAAUGUUGGAUGAAAUAGAAAAUGCGGAGCGAGAUAUUCGGAAAAAAAUCAUAGAGCAAAAGGGACAAUUUAGUAAGGCACGACACCGACUUCACGAUCAUGCACAAAUAAAGGUGAUAGCAAGAGGAGAACACUCGGCCAACAUAGAAGAUGAAGAGGAAGAUAUUAGAGAGGAUUUCAUAGAAGAUGCUGAAGGAGAUGUUAGUGAACAUGAUGAGCAAGAUGAAGAGGAAAAUAUUUGGGAGGAUUCUAUAAACGAGUCUGAAGGAGGUGAGGAUUUAAGGGAACAACCAGCAAGACAGGUAGCCAAUAAAGUGGUAGACAAACCCAAAAAAUAUCGAGGGCAAACUAAAUGUGAAAAAAUUCAUGCACGAAGUGUACAUGAGCGACAAGUUAUUUUUUUAAAUGGGUUUGGACAACCUAUCGGACUGUCAGAUAAGGCAUGCAGUGAACUUAACAGUUUCUUAGGCACACUUGGAAGAAACUCAAGUUUUGCACCUCUGGAUGUGAAAAAUUGGCACAAAGUUGAAGAAAAAGAUAAAGAAAAAAUAUGGGAUUAUGUUAAGGAAAAAUAUGACAUUCCAGAGGAAGGAAAAAAUGGACCUUAGAAACUGUCAAUUGUGCAUGGAGGCGCUGGAAAUCCAUAUUGAAGAAGAAGUGUUUUGACGGGUUCAAAAAUGACAAACAAAGACUAAAGACACGGCCAAAUACUAUACCUGAAAUAGAAUUUAAAGCCUUGCUCAAAUUCUGGAACUCCGAACAAUCAAAGUGAAAUAGACACGGAACAGCAGUGCUGCUAAUGGUCUGGUUGUUUUUUAAAUCCACGUUCCUUCUAUAUGUGUAGAAAACAAGUGAGACCAACAAAGCAAAUCGUGAAGGUCUAGAAUAUAUGCACACUACGGGGACAAUAAGUUUUGCGAGGAUUCGCCAAAAAAUGGAAAAUGAGUUGGGAAGACCACCAAGUGAAGCUGAAAUGUUUAUUGAGACCCGUAAAAAGAAGAUAAAUCCACAAGGAGAGAAAACAAUCAAUUUGAUAGGUGCUUUAGAAGAACUCAAAUCUCAAGAUGAAGAUGAUGAUGCAUGGGAUUUAGUCAAGAAAGAUGAACAUCCUGGACGUGUACGUCUUAGGGGGAGGGGUGUCACUAAAACCAUGCUCCAGAAUAAAAAUAAAAAGAUCAUGGAUCCCUCGGAGCAAGUUCCAGAAUCUGUUGUUCAAACUAUAUCACAAAAAGUUGAGCAAGAGUUGACAAAAAAGUUUGAAGAGCAGAAGGCAGAUUUGGUUCAUGGUUUCGCUGAGCUUUUGACUGAAACACUUGGGCAAACAAUUGAUCCGGCGGCUAUUGCAAGACUUAUUGCACGCACAAGAUCACCUGAGCAAGGUGGUAGUGCUCGAAAUCAUGAUCAUCCUCGCUCAUCUGCAAGCAGCCAUCAGCCACGAAAUGAGGAAAACAUCUGAAGAUCCAUGCUUGUCGCUCUUUGGGGGAUUUAUUUGUUGUGAAGAUGUAGAACUUAAUCGUCUCAAUAGAGACAUUUUGACCUUUUGAUUAAGUAGUAGCUCUUUGUUUUAAUCAUGGAGGAUUUGUGAUAUGUGCUUAAUUUGGUAAGUUUGUGUGUAAAACUUGUGAAGAAUUAUCUCAAUCCUAUUGCUAUAAUAUUGUUCUUCGUUGUAAUGAAUUGUUCAUUAUAUUAAGGCUAAAGUUUGGUUA